CAGUAAGUAACCAAAGUAGCGUGCGCCAUGUUAUAUUUGUGAUUUAUUUACUAGAACGGCUUUUGUGUGGUUUUUCUAGCAUUGAUUGAUUGAACAGAAAACUGAGUAAAAAAAAUUGAUUACUGGUGACUAGUGGAAUUAGAGCUACUUUGAGGAGUUUUUAAAAGGAAAUCAGCCGUUUAAUGACGUCCUAAUUGGACGAGGAGCGUCAUUGAGCGGCCAUUUUCUAAACGCAAUGUUCAUCCAUACGGACUUUCGUCAACAUCAAAAGUGAAUUAAUACAGACCAAAGUGGAGAACAGUUUUAAAAUUGCACUACUGAUUGCAUGAUUCUAGUCGGGAAAAAUGCUUUCAAAAGGACAAAACCGUAUAACAUUGGUGGGACAAUAAAAAUAAACAUGAUUGUGCUACUAUUGUGCUGUAUGAUGAAAAUCGUCGAGUUUUCCACGGGAAAACCGACUGAACCGACCAAGCCGAAGUCCCGAGGGAAAUAUAGAAGAUAUCGCAGGCUGAAAGUUUUGACCAAAUACGGCGCAGUGACGCGUUUUCAACAUCAAAGUAGAGGCAUGAGUGAGUUAGGGGUAAUGCGUGCCAGUCCUGACUCCGACUGCAACAGCAACCUAAGAGGCUCCUAUCUCAGCACCACUUCUUCACAGGAUGUCGACUUUGUGCAGGACAAUUCCGACUAUCAAUGGUUUUUAGAUUAUGGAUACAGAGAUGGGGGCACAAACCAUCACACCAGCAUCCUCUCUCUUCCAGAAACCUACGAGGCAGGUGAUAACUAUUAUGACGCUCUGGCUAAGAAUAUGGACGCAAAUCUGGCCGAAGCUGACAUGGAGAGCUUCAAAACCGAAGAUAUCCAUGCGCUGCUCACUAAUCUACCCCCAAUGUGUACUGACCAACUCAGCCAAGAAACCCAGAGGCAAGGUGAAUCGUUCGCGGAAGUAUCCGGUUCCUUGAUGGGAAAAUUCGAUUUAGACAGCUACAUUAGUCCGCACAGUAGUUCACAGGGGGAAGACUCGACAUCAAUGUCCAUUUGCAAGUCGGAGAUCUUGUUCAGUCCCGUAAAAGAAACGCCAAUGCCUGGCGCUCAUUUUUCCGUUGAUUCGCUCGAUUGUGACCUGCACGACAUGAUGCUGACCUGCCAAGCUAACAAAGACAAUUAUACCAUUGCCUUUGAAGGAUCGACCACCAUGUACAGUGAAGACAGUGACUAUCACGAUACUGAUAAGAGCUCUUCGAACUCAAAUCCUCCCAACCAGUCAGGUAGUUUAAAUCUACAACCAAGCAAGAACUUAGGCAAAGCAAUGUUGGAAGACUCAAUGACUCAAUCGGACUCCAGUAGCUUUACCACAUGGAGUAAGCUGAAGAAACGGAACAGCGAUGACCAGUUGCGACGGCCCUCCGGUAACAAUAACAACUCUGAAGACGAAAGUAGUCAUUUAGCGUUGAGCGACACGGCUUUGAAGAGCCAAAGUAUGCCCAAUUUACACAAGCAGAGAUUGAGAAGAUGCAUUGUUGAUGACAAUAGCCUUAGUAAUAGUUCGUCUCCAACCACAAUUAAACAGCGUCCAGUCAAACUGUUCAACAUCCAUCACCAGCACAUUCAGAGCAGCAGUGGAAGCGGCUCUCUGUCGGAAAUGGCCACCUCUGUAGAUGCAAACGGUGACGGUGCAAACAACAAACAUCCCAACUUCAACUUGGUGAAGCUUUUCAUGAAGCAGAAGAGCAUAAGCCAAGAAGUAGGGAUGUCUUUGACAAUGGAUCAGCUAUCUUCAACGGAAAACUGGCCAGCUUCGCAGAGCGGCGAAAGCUCCUCAUCGGACAACAAAAACGCGGAUAACUUGAAAAACUUGGAACUGAGCGCUGUUAACAGCAGCGUUCGAACUUAUGACCUGAUAGCAGAGGAACCGGAAGAGAUUUCCAAGAGCGAGUCCAUAGAGCAGCUGUCGGAAAGCGUGAGUAAAAGUGAAUCAGUUUGCGAUAGCUUUGACAAAGACGCGGAACAGAAGAAUGCAAACAACAACGAUAGUUUGAAGAACUACCAAAGACCCAAAGCAAUCAGCCCGAAAAAUGUCCUCAAAGUCAAAAACGAGCUCUUCGAUAGAAGCAUCCAGACAUCGCAAUUCUCGGAAAUCCUCAACCUGAAAAAUGCCACCAAUUCCCCUGCAGUUGGCGGAGGACAGCCAGUCAAGCUGAUCGAAGCCUCAUUCUUGAACAAGUUGAAAAAAGAGGGCGAAGUGCAGAAGCCGGUCUAUGUGCUGUACCCGAACUACGUCCUUCCCAACCUGGACUUUUUGAACGAGAAAAACGACGUGGAGAAUGUCCAUUUCGUCCCUCAAAGCUUCCCCAAGCAGCCCACGCUCAACCGCAAACGACCAUUCAGUUUUAACGACAUUGAAGGUCUCAAGCGCAAAGGGUUCGGCCACGUCAAGGACUGGGAUUCGCUGAAUAUUCUCCUGCCCCAAGAAUACCGCAAGGUUCUAGCUGACGUUCCCGAGAUCUCCAGCCACAUCAAGCCGGGAAUGCGGGACAGACCUUCGUUCUUAAGGAACAAACGGCGACCGUUGAGUUGCGAUAUUACUCAGACCAACAUAUCAUCGAGUUCGAGCACAGCCACUCAGCCAAGCAGCGGAUACCGCGGAUCUUCCAGCAUUCUGAGUGAUUCUCAAAAUAGCCCCGCUAUCCAAGGAAACCAUAAUCCGCUGUUUGUUUAUCGCUAUGAUAGCGUCACUAGUUCAGAAGCUAGUCUAUUAAAUAGCGACAAACAAGCGCAAUGUAUAACGACAACAGCGCCUUGCACUGGGCAAAGAAUCCAAGAAGCGAUUCCUCCGCGUCCACCGUUGCCCAGAAGUAUUUUGAGAAAAUCCGAGCUGCAGAAGAGAUUCAGCAUGUAUGAGACUAGCGAAGAGGAUUUGGCCAAUGACGAGGUGAACGUGAAUAAAAGAAGAUCAGUCCCCGAGCCGUAUUUCCUGAAUCGGAACAAACGCCUCUCCGAGACUGAGGAUGAAGGAGUGGACGCAGGCACUUCCAGCAGCAGCAUGGACGAGAAAGACAAUAUUCCCAGUAGACCUGAGUAUGUUCUGCCUCAUAUGAGUACUGAUGAGCUGAUACAGCUCGAGGAGUAUCUGAAACUAAGUGGCCUUUCCACCUCUGACGAGGAGAGGACUGAGGAGAGUCUGUCCAACUUGAGAAGCUAUGUGAGCAAAUUUUUGACUCUCAAAAUCAAUCAGGACGACUCCGAGCAUUUCGGCGGAAAAAAAUCCGUCAGCUUCGCAGAAAAACUCAACGUAAACCAGCGAUAUUUGGACGCCAAACAGUGCAUAACUCAUCCGCCCAACAACUCUCCAAACGUAUCGGCUGUUCUUCUGCAGCGCAACUUCCAGCCCAAAGCUGUCACUGACAUGACUAUUUGCGAGGAAAACGAGAACAGCCCGAACUAUUCUAGUCCGCAAGCCACGCCAAUCCACCUGUGUAAAACAGCUUCGGAUAACUACGUGCAGAAACGGUCGCUAAUCAAUGGGGUUUUGGAUGCAGUUGAGCAGGUGAUGAAGUAUUUCUCUCCAGCUUCGAAUCAGCAGGAACUGAACGCGCUUGGUGAUUCCAGUGUGAAUCCAGCCAGCGCUAAGCUAGCUCUAUCGACUCUAUGUCCAGCUCUGUAUGCAGUGCUGAGUGAUGGGCUGAAGCCCUGUUUGGAAACCAGCUUUGGCGCUAUAAACAACUCAGUUUGGCAGGUGGUGGAAGCGUCUUCGCAACAAGGUCCCUUGACUAAGGCUCUGAACGACUUAGUAAUGCGCAUUAAUAGCGAAGAUGUGAUUAGUGAAGGCUUAGUAAAAUUCAAUGCCUUCAUCUUUGGCUUGCUCAAUGUACGUUCAUUGGACGCCUGGACUAGCUACCUGCGAACACGUGAAAGUGUUCUAAAAAAGCACUACACAGCUGACUCGGUUCUGGUGCUGUCGCUGACUGGAGGAACCAAUCUAAGAACCAUGCUCGACUCGAUGGUAGCUGCUUUGCAGCCCUUAGCCUUCCUGCCCUUCCAGUUCGAUCUGCUGUUCGAAUACAAACAGCUUCAUCUCAGCUUCAAGAGAAUGGAUUCAUAUCAUCAACCAACCAGCCCCAUCUUGAAGUAUUCGCCGUCUACCACUUACAAGCAAUUUUUAUCGGCCAAAUAUGGUCAGGUGUCUUCGAACAGCCGCUCAAAUUCCGAAUCUGACGACAUAUCGACUGGCACUGUACGAAACGGGCUUCAAGGCCUGUCAGAACCUCUUCACUCCAAUGAAGCAAAGUUGAGGAAAAGCGACAAGGAACGCCCGCGAAGCUGUGUCGACCCUGGAAUGUUCAACGCUCCAACUUUCAAGCUGGGCGAGGAUGUGAAUAACGUUGCUAAGAAAAGGUGGUCAAACAUCGCGACCAACUCCAAACUCUACCAAGCGUAUGAUCGACUGGCGAAAGAAGACGAAGAAUAUGCGGAUAGUUUGGAGAGUCCCCAGGUGCAGCCGCCUUUGAGUAUCGUGGCUGAAAAGCCAUUGAAACCCGAACAUCCUGGGCCGGAAUCGCUCGAUUCGAAUUAUUCGGAUGAAAAGCCCGUGAAUGGCAGAAGGUUUAAGAAACUGCAGCAAAGAUGGGAAAUGCUCAGCGCCAAGGAUUCCUUUGAAAAGGACUCGCCCCCUCCCAGUCCCACGCACCCGAAUGUUAAAUCUAAAAUUCCCAGGCCCAUCACUUCUCCAGUCAGACCGUCAGGGAUUCCAGUAUUAAUAUCACCUCCAGCUAAACCGGCCCUCAAAAAAACGCCCAGCGCUCAAGUCGGGCCAGUGAAAGCCACACCAAUCAAAAACGUGUCGGCGAAAAAAAUCGGGCCCCGAACUAGUCGAGCUGACCAAGUGGAGUCCAAUCACAAUGUGCAAAGGCCGAGCAGUUUACCAUAUAAACCAGCCAGUCAAGCUAGCAAAACACCAAAGAUCGUUCCUCAAAGGAGGGCUGCGUCCAGUUCGUUAAGCAGAAGAGUGGUCACUGGUCGAAAUAUACCUCCAAAGUCUGUUAGAACAUUGAGUCACCGGUUGCCAUCGGAAAGUGGCCAUUUGUCCUACAACGAAGGCGAGAUUUUGAAAGUUGUGCUCGAAGUUGAUGACAAAUGGCUGUUGUGCUGUAGAGGAACGCAGAAGGGCCUGGUUCCGAAAUCUGCUGUGAUUGCGGAUAAUGAAAGGUUUUGAUGAACAAAUUAAUGGAAAACCCAGAACGCUCAGUCGUGCAGAGGCAAUAUUGAUCUAACGUACUUAACUGCUAAAGGCUUGCAGACCAGCAACUCACCAAGUUUCACCAGAACGAACGCUUUACAUCAAGGUUACCUUUAUUUAAUUACUGUAUAAAUCAUAAACUAGACUGGUGAUGUGAUGUAUAUUAUAAAUAGAGUUAAGGAAAUAUAAUUUAUUUACGUGGUAGGUUAAAGGGAUAGGCAGUAUACCCUAGUUGAAUGUUUCCGCUUAUUGUGAGGUUUUCGGCGUUAAAUAAUCCCAAUUUUUUCGAUACAGUGUAAGUAAUUUCUGAUCAGUUAAAUGAGCACGGGCAAACAAAGAUUAUAUUUAUUAACUCAGAUAGAGUAUUUAUAUGGUAAAGUAUCUAUUGUAGUCUAUAGAGCAUGUUAGCCAAAAGCUUUGCAAAAUGACUGAUGAAUGGUUGCAAUUAUUGGCAAUCUACCAACAUCAUCUGUGCAUUACUAACAUUAAGCCUUGGGUGGUUGGGUCUAGUAGCUAUAUUCUAUUUUUUUGGCCAUGUUUAUAUACGAAAUGUCUACUAACAAUAAUAAAUUAUUAUCAAACAUUCCCUUCCAUGGUAAGUUAAACUAAUCUUAGGCUACUUAGCUUUAAGCGUUUUUCGUAUAUAAAUAUCGGCUUUCUGGUUUGGUGGGCUGUGGGAACGCUAACAAAAUCCAUCCUCAUUAGAUUACCGAUCCUUGCAUGCUAAUUCAUGUUAAGGCCUACAUCAAAUUGGAACUUCCAAAACGCGAAUUCAGCUCCGGUUCACUGGGAACUUUAGAUAAAAGUGUUUAAAUUUUUUCUGUGGACGAUGCACACAUUCUCUUAGCAAUUUCGGGCUCUGUUGUCCAAGUAUUUGAAAAUACCUUCGGAUCCAACCAAUCGCCCCAGUUCUAUAUAUGUUCUACAUUAACAUUAUUUCAUUAAAUCCUACUAACUCCCUAGUUUAACAUUCGUGCAACAGUGGUGUUGGUCUUUUGGCAAUAAAGCUCCGUCUAUUUAAUUUCCUUUAAUAUGUAUUAAUGUGGUGUUAAUUGUGCUAGAAAGUUUUCUAAAUAUCUGUUAAAGGAAUUUUGUUAAAAUGAUUACGCUUCAGCUUUAAAUCGCCAGCUAAAAUAAUGAUUACUCUAAGGGAUAAUGACUAUUGUCAAACCAUGAGAUACUUUAAACUCCCUAUAUGAAUUACGAUAACUAAGUAGCUAGUGGAAUGCGUUCUAUUUCAGUUAACCCUCCCCUAAUAAAGGGCGCUUUCGAGGCUCAGAUAUACGUAAAGAAAAAGUAAAUUAGUUUGAAGGUCUGGUCAUCUAAAGCGCCCCCAAAACGACACACGAGAAAUGAGAAAAAAUACUCCCUACUUUGUAAAAAAUGUUAAAUACUGCUACGAGGCCUUUUCAUUUGUUGUAUAUUUCUUAAAAGUCAAACCCAUUGAUUGAUUUGUCUGCUUCUGUAUAUAUUGAAAUUGUUACAUAUUCACAGUAUUUCAAUAUCAAAAGGAACCAAAAUAAAAAUCCAGUUGUAGCGGGGGACAAUUGUCCCCCGGGUCCCCCUUGUUAUUGGAAAUUUCGAUCGAACGAUCCAGGCAUGAUUCCGAACAUGUAUUUAUAGGAUAGGUGAUAUUUUUUUUACAGAUUUAGUAUAUUCUUUAUUUUAGUUUCGUGCCAUACACAUCAAUUCAUCAACGUACAUGGUUUUGUUUAGUUGAAACUUUAUCCGCAAAUAUUUCUCAUUUAUUUACGUUUAUAUCAGUACGCUACUUUGUAAUUGUUCUCAAGACGUAAAAAUAUAUUUAAAAUAUU